CAACUACAGGGCGGCGACGAAAGCCCUUUGCAGUUAUUUCCAGGGCACGUGGCAUCAGGGACAUCUCGGCUCUCGGAUCGCGCACAGACCCCGCAGAGCCCGCAAAGGGCCACCGGGUCCCCUCGCGGUCCACACCCGAGAGCCGAGGAAAUCCCGCCCCCCGCGGCGGAGACGGCCUCGGGGCACGGACCGCUCACCGCUAUAAAUAAUCUUUGGCCUGCGGCCACUCCACGGGGUCUCGCCAGCCCGUGGCCGGGCGCCUGGAAAUAUUUAUUCCACGAGGAGGCGGAGGAGCUGGGGGUGGUAGGAAGGGUGACGGCGGCUCGAGCUUCGGGUGCUGCCGUCCGGGAUACCUUUUCCCUCCCGACAGUCGGUUCCGGCUUCCAGUCCUCGCGGAGGGAGAAGUACGGCAACGUGUUCAAGACGCACUUGCUGGGGCGGCCGCUGAUCCGCGUGACGGGCGCGGAGAACGUGCGCAAGAUCCUCAUGGGGGAGCACCACCUGGUGAGCACCGAGUGGCCGCGCAGCACGCGCAUGCUUCUGGGCCCGAACACGGUGGCCAACUCCAUUGGCGACAUCCACCGCAACAAGCGCAAGGUGUUCUCCAAGAUCUUCAGCCACGAGGCUCUGGAGAGCUACCUGCCCAAGAUCCAGCUGGUGAUCCAGGACACGCUGCGCGCCUGGAGCAGCCACCCCGAGGCCAUCAACGUGUACCAGGAGGCCCAGAAGCUCACCUUCCGCAUGGCCAUCCGCGUCCUCCUGGGCUUCAGCAUCCCCGAAGAGGACCUCGGCCACCUCUUCGAGGUCUACCAGCAGUUUGUGGAGAACGUCUUCUCCCUGCCUGUCGACUUGCCCUUCAGUGGCUACCGGCGGGGCAUUCAGGCACGACAGACCCUACAGAAGGGCCUGGAAAAGGCGAUCCGGGAGAAGCUGCAGUGCACGCAGGGCAAGGACUAUUCGGACGCGUUGGACAUCCUCAUCGAGAGCAGCAAGGAGCACGGGAAGGAGAUGACCAUGCAGGAGCUGAAGGACGGGACCCUGGAGCUGAUCUUUGCCGCCUACGCCACCACCGCCAGCGCCAGCACGUCGCUCAUCAUGCAGCUGCUGAAGCACCCGGCCGUGCUGGGGCUGCGCCUGGACACGCUCAGCGGCCUGCACUACCUGGACUGCGUCAUCAAGGAGGUCAUGCGCCUCUUCACGCCCAUUUCCGGCGGCUACCGCACCGUGCUGCAGACCUUCGAGCUCGACGGCUUCCAGAUCCCCAAAGGAUGGAGCGUCAUGUACAGCAUUCGGGAUACUCACGACACGGCGCCUGUGUUCAAAGACGUGAACGUAUUUGACCCCGACCGCUUCGGCCAGGCUCGCAGCGAAGACAAGGACGGCCGCUUCCAUUACCUCCCCUUCGGCGGCGGAGUCCGGACCUGCCUGGGCAAGCAUCUGGCCAAGCUGUUCCUGAAGGUGCUGGCGGUGGAGCUGGCCAGCACCAGCCGCUUUGAGCUGGCCACCCGGACCUUCCCCCGCAUCACCCUGGUCCCUGUCCUGCACCCCGUGGACGGCCUCAGUGUCAAGUUCUUUGGCCUGGACUCGAACCAGAACAAGAUCCUGCCCGAGACGGAGGCCAUGCUAAGUGCCACGGUCUAACGGGGCCUGGCCACACCCCUGCCUCAGCCCGGCCAGGCCCUGGGGUGGGGGGCGAUGGAAGGGUACAAACCUGUGUGUGGGAGGGGGCUGCAACCCGGGGAAGGGGAGCGGCCCCCAUACCUGGCCCUCCCGUUUUCUCUCCCUGACAAGCCCUACCCAAAGCCAAAAGGGCCCAGUUCUUUGGCUCCUGCUUCUCCCAGUCUCUCUCCAGUUCCCACCAGCUUAGCUCCUGGGACAGGGCAUGGCGGGGGCUCCGCAUGCCCGUUACAGUGUUAAAUGGCAGUCAGCUCACGCUGCAGCAUUUGCUUGUCAUGUUCCCAAUGGAUCCCUCCCUGCCCAUUUCAUUUGGACCCUAUUGGUUUGAGGUCAUGUGGUCGACAUGGGGGGCGGGCAGGAGGAAGAGUUGGGCUCUUCAGCACCCCGCCCCCUCCUGCCUCUCUUCAGAAUCAGGCACCUGCCCCUCCUGGGGUUCGCCUAGAGUCCCCCCCUUUGCCAGUUUGGACAUUUGAAAUUACCUAUUGCUGCUACUUUUUUCUUUCCUCUGAAGUUGGGGCAAAGAGCUCCAGGCCCUGUCCUCCCAGCAUUCUCUCUGGUGGCCCUGGGCGUGCACACAGCAAUGACAUCCCCACCUCCCGGCCAGGUGGCCUUGAGCCCAUCCUACUCCACUGUUACCCCCGCCCCCCCCCAGGCCCUUGGCUCAUAUUUAUUCACUGAUCUAACCGAAUCUUGGCGUUACUGGGGGCUGGAAUUGCACCUCCUCCAUCCCCCAGCCUCCGUCCCCGCUGCCCGGGGACUGACUUCUGCCAGUGACUCAGCCCUCUCUGGCUGAGGUUCAGCCGCUCCCCCAGGCUCCAGACCUUCUGUGGGUUCAACCUCAACUGCACUUCUGGGGGGAAAUCCAGCACCUCUGCCUUUGUCUCCCAGCUGAAGGUGAGGAAUGGCCCACUGCUUCUCCCCACCCCCCAACUCUGUCCACAGCAUGGGGACCUGGAGGCUGCCACCAUCUCCCACACAGUCACUAUCCCCCCGGGUGCCCCCACUUGGCUAGUGAGUAUGGGGAAGGAUACGGGUUCUUUCUCUGACAGGGAGCGAGGGGCUCCAUUGUCCCUUCCUUAACCUUCACCCUUUGGCCUUGGAAAGGUGUCCUUGAAGUCCCUUCCCACCUCUAUGCCACUGUCUGCUUAGCCCAGCUCAGGGGUGUGGGACGAGAUGAAGGCCAGGGGAGGUGAGCUAGAAGGCAGCCCUUCCUCAGCGGUCCUGAGGGGCUGCGGGGAGGCUGCGGGGAGAGCUGAGGAGAGCAUGUGUGAGUUGUCAGAAGUGAUUUGCUUGGAAAUGGGCCAGUUGGGGGGUGACUGGGGGAAAGAGGGGUAGCUGCUGCCACCAGCAUUUGGAGUCGGCAAUUUGGGACACCCCCCCGGGCUGGUUUGGGGCCUUUGAUGAGUCUUCAGCGAUCUUGUCUGGUUGUGGAUUUUUCUUUGCUGUCUAUGUUUCUCAAUUGGCUUUUGAUGCUAUAAAAGUGAUGAAUCCUCUUUACAAGAAGGCCAGCACACAGAGGAAGGUGCAGGGCGUCGAUGCGCUUGCCUCUCCAAGAGGCGACCACUGUGACCACUCAGUGGCCGCCUCUGAUGGUGUUGAGGGGACAGAUGGCACUCCCGCUCUGGACCCCACUCAGAACCACCUGUUCUCAAUUGCUUCAUUUGGUUUCUACCUUUUCAUUAUUAAAAAAAUAUCAUGGAACAGAUAUCAUUGGCAAAACAUAGACAUUUAAAAAAAUUAGUCAAAUCUCUCAAUUUCUCUGCAUUCUGAAAAGCAGGCAAAAAUGUGUUAAGACUCAUCAGAACUUGCAGGAUAGCUGCAUGGUCCACCAGGAUUGGCCAUCCACAAAAAGCCCGGAAGUUAACCCUUCAAGCCAACCCAGCUUGUCCCGGCCCAGUCGUGCUCGAUCGAAUAGCUAGGGCUGCACGGGUGCAGCUUCAGGCAGGGAGUCCACUGGGCGUGGCCCUGGCGGGGGGGGGGGGGGGCUGGGGGGGGGGGAAGGCCCCAGGCCUCAGUGGACCUUCCAUGUGGGGUGACCAGCUGGAGAGGGCCGGAGAGGAGGCUGAGGAGGGUCCCUGUGAGGAGGAAAGAAGGAUCGUUUGCCCUACCGGGUCUCAAAGGUAACCAGAGAAGGAAGAAAGCUCUUGACCGGCUGAGCGAGGGGUUCCCAUGUCGACGUCCAUCCAUCCCUCCUCUGUGCGUCCAUCGGUGUCCGUGUGUCUGUGUGUAGGUCUUCUAGACGUAGCGUAGAUGGGUGAUGUUUUCUCACUUACCAUUCCUAACGAUCGUAACUUGACGUUAAAGAGACAAAACCCCACAACACUUUCCCUGCCACGGGCUUGCAGACUGAAGCACUUUCGAUGUUGGGCGCUGGCAUUUGUGUUCUGGGCACCAUCCUGACCCUGCCCAGAUCGCGAUGAUAUUAUUUUAUACACAAAACUUUUUUUUUUUCAUAAAUGUUAUAAUUUUGUGUCUGUCUUUAUAAACUAUUAUAAGUACUAUUUUUGUUAUAAUUCAAAAUAGAUAUUUAGUAUAAAGUUUUUGCUGUUAAAUAUUUGUUAUUUAGUAAAAUAUGAAUUUUUCUCUAUUGUAAACAUGGUUCAAAAUAUUAAUAUGUUUUUAUCACAGUUGUUUUAAUAUUGAAAAAGCACUUGUGUGUUUUGUUUUGGAGAUGAAACCGGUGCCGUGUGAGUGUUUUUGCUGUCACGUGGGCUUCAUCUGUAUAUAAUAUUCCAUGUUGCAUAUUAAAAAAAAAUGAAUGUGGUGCAUUUUGUGAUUUUGAAAGUACUCCAUGUGGCUCUUUUAUAGGCUUCCGUAAUAAACCGUGGGACGCACCUC